CAGGUCGGUAGCCGCAGCUGGAGACGGGAGAGAGGCCGCGCGGCCGCCGGGGCCGUGGCCGCCGCGGGCCAGCCACCGCCUCGGCGCUGCCCGCCGUAUCGCAGCCACUUUACCGCUGGCGGACGGCCCGAUCCGGCGGCACCACCGACCCCAGCUGGACCCGUCCGCAAAACUCACCUCUUCUAGAAGCUGCUCCUUGAGAAAUGUGUACGGACGAGUGAAGAGAGUACGAGCGGAAACCGACCAGCCACGAACUGACCACUCACGUAUGCGUCGCGUCAACUGACGCCACGGCGCGAAGACGCUGACUGGGUGCGGCCUUGAACGCUGCCCUCCGGCUACACGAACACAAACAAAUAUAAUUGAGUAAUUAAUUUAUCCAUUAUUUUGUAUCAAGCAUAAGGAAUGGCUCAUUCUGGCAUCAGCACUAGAGAGAAGAUCCUUGGACUGAUUGAUGAUAUUGAACUAAUAUCAAGGGAAAUGCUUGACAACUGCACUGCUCCCAAACAUCAAAAGCUAUCGAGUUCUGAGCAUCAACUGCUGACAGAACUACUCAUCAAAAAGGAUGCUGAUCUGAAAGCAGCAAUGAAGGAGGCAGAAGAGCAACAAGAGAUCCAGGUGAAAAUGGACCUCCUAAAGGCAGAAGUCGAACAGCAAGACAUUGAGCUCAGGGCCUUGCAGAAGAACCUCAAGGACGCAGAAAUGAGAUUGGCCAACGCUAUCUACCAGGCCAAGCAGAAGCUCGAGUCUAUAGCCAGGGCGGAGAAUGGGCCUGUGAACGCCGACGAUCUGAUCCGAUAUGCGCACCGGAUCAGUUCGACCAACGCCGUGAGCGCUCCGCUGUCGUGGCAGCAGGGCGACCCACGGCGACCAUAUCCUACCGAUAUGGAGAUGCGCCGCGGCCUGAUGGGUCGGCUGGUGGACCUGCCGAUCGGAGGCCAGCAGCUGCUGCAGCCUCUGCUGGAGCAGCAGCAGCAGUCGGUGGCGGCACGCGGCGCCCAGGAGCCGGCGCCGCCGCCUCCGCCGCCGCCACCGCCGCCGAUGCAGCAGCAGUCCAACCAGCUGCCGCCGCCGCCCCCGCCGCCGCCUCCGCCGCCCCCUCCGCCGGCGUCGGCGGGCGGCCAGUUCCAGUGGCAGCCGUCGGGCGAGAUCCACCUGGGCGUGCAGGGCGGCGCCAGCGUGCCGCUGGAGAAGCCGGCCGCCGCCGCGGACGUGGAGGUGAUGUCCACGGACAGCUCGAGCAGCAGCAGCAGCGACUCGCAGUGAGCGCCGAGCCGACGCGGGCAGUCGCCUCCGCCGUCCGGGGAUCCAUGCCGGCCGCAUCGCCGGUAUCAGGACAUGUCAAUGGGCGGCAGUUGGGUGCAAAGACAAUAGUGGGCGCUGCGCAGCUGUACUGCCGCGAUGCUACUCAGGUUGAGUGAGUUUCCAGCGAGCCAUUUGCGUCAUCUGCCUGUCACCAUUGUUGUAAUUCACCUUAUCGAUCGCUGUUUUUCAUAUUGUGUGUACAGUGUAAAUAUGGAUUGUGCUUUGUAAUAAAAGACGGUUUUAACCAUCUCUUGCUUGAAUUUA